AUGGCCUUCCUCAGGCUCCUGGGCCGCUGUGCCAUCAUCCUCCUCGUGGCCCUGUUCUGCGACCUGCUGGGGCUGCUCAUCCUCCUCUUGGGAAUCUUUGCUCCCCUGAGCUCCUGGGACUUCUUCGUUUACUCAGGAGCUCUGCUGCUGGCCUUCAGCCUCGUCUUCUGGGUCUUCUGGUACACGCUGAACAUCGAGGUCCCCUCCAAGGACCAGGGUGUUCACUGA